UAUGCCAGACCUUCCAGCGUUAUUCCCCGGACUGAUUUCCCGUUGCCGACCCGCUUGUUUGGACUUCUCUGCCUUGCCUCUGCCCCGGUAACUGACUCAGCCUUCCGUCCCAGACCACGGUAUUCCUACCUUGCCUCGGUUAACCGACUCAGCCUUCUGUCCCCGACCACGAGAUUAGCCUUCGCUCCUUUUGGUUUUUGUCUGCCUGCUCCGCUGACGGAUCAGCGCUCGCUCGAGUGGAAUAUAACCCGUUGAUGGAAAACUACACUUAUAACAGCCCCACGCUCCAGCUGGAGGCUCUGAACGUUUCAAAGGAGUCUGUCUACCCUGUCUUUCUCUCGUUCUUGUUCUCAUACCUGUUUUUAAUGCUCGCAAAUGGGACCAUUGCUUUUCUUAUCUUCAUUGACAAGAGCCUCCACCAGCCCAUGUAUCUCCUUUGCAACCUGCCGUUAAAUGACAUCCUUGGAAAUUCUAUCUUGAUGCCCCGUUUGCUUAUGGACAUGUUGAAGCCUCCCUCUGAGCUCUUUAUUAGUUAUUAUGAAUGUGUGGUCCAAGCUUUCACCACACACAUGUUUGGUACCACUAGUCUCACUGUGCUUAUGAUUAUGGCUUUUGACAGAUAUGUGGCCAUCAGUAAUCCAUUACGAUAUAAUAUGAUAAUGACCAACAAAAUGGUGAUCAAGUUGAUCGUGUCUGCCUGGGGAGUGGCCUUCGUUUUGGUCACGAUUCUACUCGGUCUGACCAUACGACUGAACAGAUGUAGGACUCUUAUUGAAAGCCCUUACUGUGACAAUGCCUCACUGUUUAAACUCUCCUGUGAGAGUGUGUUUAUUAAUAAUGUCUAUGGCCUCACUUUCACUGCAGUCCUGUUCACAGGUUCCAUAGGCAGCAUGGUUAUCACUUAUACUAAGAUUACAGUAGUCUGUCUCACCAGUAAUAGCAAGUCUUUGAACAGUAAAGCCUUAAAGACCUGCAGCACUCACCUGGUCAUGUAUCUGAUCAUGAUGUUUAGUGCAAUGUCAAACAUUACUCUACAUCGCUUCCCUCAGUACUCAGACUACAGAAAACUCAGUAGGAUUUUGUUUCAUAUUGUCCCUGGCAGCCUCAACCCCAUCAUUUAUGGAGUGCAGUCUAAAGAGAUAAGGAUAUUUUUGUCAAAGUUGUUCCACUCCAAGAAAGUUCUGCCAUCAUUGUAAGGACAAUGUCCCCUUUUUUAUGCACAUUUUUCAAGGCAACAUAUAAUGUGACCUAAGGGUGCCCUACUGUGCUCCUGUUUUUGUCCUUUGUAAGUGUUUAAGCACAAAUGUCUGAUCUUAUUAGUGCUACUACUCUAAUUCAUAACCUUGGGGUGGAAGACUUUCCUGUUCCAAUGGGAGGGUCCAAGGACAGAGG